GAGUCUAAGAAUUCCUGGAAAUUAUAUUGACUAUUAUUUAUCUUUUAGUAGUUAUAGUUUAUUUUUCUUACUGAACUGAAGAAAAAACAACACCACUAUGACUGUUGAAGUUAAAAAUAAAGGCUGUCACACACACACACAAGCUAUGCAAAACUGUGUGUGAGGGCCUUAAGUUUCAGUCAAUCAGCUGAUGCUGAUAUUUGACAUUUCUCAUCAAUGACAUGGUUCUCAUCCAUAACCUUUCUUUUAGUUUAUUAAAAAAAUGAGUUUAACAACAACAAAAGAAAUUAAAAACACAAUAGGGCUCCUCUGUAAGCUUCUAAAUCUAAUUUACGACACAAACAUAAAACCUGAACACUUUCGGCUUUCCAAAUUUAACAAAACCGAUGAGAAUGUUGUCUCAAUAUUACAAAAUACUUUAGAUAAGAUUUCAAAAGAAAGCAACAUUCAAAUAAAUUUCAUUGAUCUCAACUAUACAAGAAAACAAUUUUUUAAUGAGAAUCCGGGCAGCAGAGAACUACUGCUAGGGCUCAUUUUUCUUGUAUCUCAUACAAUAGAAUGGGAUUUAAAAAAAUUAUUAGACCAGGGUCUCGAAAUUAGGCAUUCCAGUACGGCAACCAAAGUGAGAGCUCAUGAGAAAUUUGAUUUGGAAAGACUGGAUGAACAUGAUUUGAAAAACUAUGUGAUGUGGCUUGAGGGCAAAAUUUUGUCAGAUGAAAAUAUGUUAGUUGAAUAUGAAGAACAAAUAGUAAAAAUACAAGCAAAAUUUAAUGAAAAAUUGGACAUAAAGGCGCGCAACAUCGGCUUAACAACUUAUGAAAUUUUGGCUUUAAAAAAUAAAGAAAUUGGAGAACAAUUUAUUCAAGAUACUGAGCCUCAAGUAAAAAUUUUAAACAUUUACCUAGAGUGGACAAAAAAAGAAAAACAAUUUUGGAAAUGGAUGGUUUGUAUUUCUAAACUAAAUAACUACCUACAUACAAAAAUAGAAAAAUUACAAAUGUUUUAG